CUCUCAUUCAUAUACUCAUAAUUGUAUAAUAAUUCUCUCUUCAAACUCUUCUUCUUCUUCUUCUUUUCUUUCUUCUCAAAUGGAGAAUAAAUUUAAAACAAGAAUUUCUCGAAUGUUUAAAUCUUCUUUUGGUUCAUGCAAAUCAAAGAAUAUUUCUGAUGCCAUUGAUAAUAAACCAGUUUUUCAACCUCAACAUUACCAAUUAGUUGAACUUUUCUCUCCAAAACCUCGUCCAUUUCCUUCCAUUUGUGCACCAAAAUACCCUCAAAAUUUCCAAACACAACAACAAAAGUGUUUACUUCCCAACAGUGGCGUACGUAGAAAUUUUAUGCAAACAGCUGUGUCGGUCUACUGUCACAAUUCAACUUCUGAGACAAAUGGAAGAAAAUGCCCUCCAGCAUCACCAAUUUAUCCCUUGAGUUAUGAUUCUCAAGAGAAAUGCAACUUCAAAAAUAUGAACAAAUAUUAUGAAAAGAAAACCCAGAAGAAGAAGAAGAGCAAGAAGAAAAAGAUGACAAAUUCAAAUAUAAAAAGAUUUGAUUUUAAAGAAUUUCCUAAUUUUAAUUAUAAGGGUCUUUUCAGCAGUGAUGAAGAAAGUGAAGAAGAUGACAAUAAUACCCUUUUUUCAUCAAGGUCAUUUACUAAUUCUGAUUCUUCAGAAUAUUCUUUCCGGCGAAAGACACGGCGGAGAAGGGUGGCGAAAGGUGGUGUUAAAGGUAGUCUUGCGGUGGUGAAGAAAUCAAGUGAUCCUUAUAACGAUUUUAGGGUUUCAAUGUUGGAAAUGAUUAUGGAAAAUCAAAUAUUUGCAGCUAAAGAUCUUGAGAAAUUAUUGGAAUGUUUUUUGAGUUUAAAUUCACAUAAUCAUCAUGAGGUUAUUAUUGAAGUUUUUACUGAGAUUUGUGAAGCUUUGUUCUCUAGUUGGUCUUAGGAAAAAAAACAAAUCAAGAAAAUUAAUGUAAUAUGUUUUUUUAUGUAGCUUUGUUUUUAUGUCAUUAAUGAAAAGUAGUAGCUAGUACUCUUAAUUGAUGUUGAUAGUAUUUAUGUUAAUGUAAUUAUAAUUUAUUAUCCA